CAACACAGUAAGCUGUGACACAUUUCACUAUGGCACUCAAGUCAGACGCCUGUGUUGUGCUGAAUGAUGGGCAUAAAAUGCCAGUGAUUGGAUUUGGCACCUAUGCCCCAGAAACGAUAUUCUCGGCACCAACAUGGAGUCUAAACCUGGAAUAAUCUAGAACUGCCGCCCUUCCUUCUGGUAGCAAGCAGGAUUGGCCCAAAUGGGGAAGAAUGGAAUGUACACAAAAGAACAGGCAGAGGAGAGCACCAAGGUGGCUAUUGAGGCUGGAUAUCGCCACAUCGACGGUGCCUUUAUCUAUGGGAAUGAGGCUGAAGUUGGCAAAGCCAUUAGAUCAAAGAUUGCUGAUGGAACGGUGAAGCGAGAAGACAUUUUUUACACUGGAAAGCUCUGGAAUAAUAGCCAUGCUCCUGAGAGAGUCCGACCUGCCCUGGAACAUUCUCUUAAGGAUUUGGGGCUGGAUUACAUGGAUCUAUUCCUUAUCCACACACCCGUGGAGUUUAAGCCUGGAGAUGAUCCUGUACCCAAGGAUGAAAAUGGAAAAUUGAUUUUUCAUAACACAGAUAUUCGGGAAACGUGGAAGGCUAUGGAAGCGUGCAAAGAUGCUGGGCUUGUUCGAUCCAUCGGCGUCUCCAAUUUUAACUGCAGUCAAUUGGAACUAAUUCUCAGCAUGUCAGGACUGAAGUACAAACCAGUGUGCAACCAGGUGGAAUGUCACAUAUACCUCAAUCAGAGCAAAUUAAAGGAUUUCUGCAAGUCUCAUGACAUUGUGCUGGUUGGAUAUGCUGUACUGGGAUCAAGCAGAUAUCCGAACAGGUUUAAUCAGAAUGCUCCCAAAGUGCUUGAAGAUCCCAUUUUAAACGCAAUAGCUAAGAAGCUGAACCGCACCCCGGCACAGGUGGCCUUGCGAUAUCUGCUACAGAAGGGAGUGGUAGUCCUUGCAAAAAGCUUCAGCCCUGAGAGGAUCAAACAGAACUUCCAGAUUUUUGACUUUGAAUUAAGUGAUGAAGACCUAAAAACACUUGAUGGAGUCAAUCAAAACAUGCGUUACCUGAUACUCAAGUUGUGGAAAGAACACCCUAACUAUCCAUAUAAUGAUGAGUAUUAAGAAUACUGGACAAGUCUCCUGGAUCCAGCCUAUAAAUGUUGACAUUUUAUCUCCCUAGUCCAGGAGAUACAAAACGCCGUUCACCACAGUUUUUUUUAUGGGAGACAUAAUUAAUAUGAUUUUUGGUUGCCAAACACGAAAAUUACAUUGGCUAUGAAAGAUUGGUAUUUGUUUUGGAAAUUAUAGGGGGAGGGGGAGAACACAGGGCAUUUGUCAAUAUUUACGCCACUACUGAAGCAUGAAAGUCACAAACUAAUGUGGCAGGAAAAGGGGUGGAGAUUAGUGAAAGGGGGCAGAGCCUACCAUGGCCCACCGGAUUUACUAUAACUUACACCAGAAAGUGGCAUAAGUUAUAGCUUAAGUUUAUACCAGUCCUUGGUUGGAGUAGAUUUGAAUAUCGGGAGCAGAGAGGGCCAGAGAUUUGUCUAAUUUAUUAAGUGGCAUCUGCCUCUUAAUAAACUAGGCGAAGCACACUCCAGCAUACAGGGUUUUAGAAAACUGGUGUAUGGGAACGGCCGUCUUGAUAAAUCUCCCCCACGGAGUAUAAAGAGAUUUUCUGUUUUGGCUAUGUAAAUAAUUACAUUAAUAUCUGUGGGUUUUUUAAAUUUAAUUUUUUUAUAGCACUAAAGCGAUUUAACAUACUUUUGUUUAUUGUUUCCUCUUAUCAGAAGUCAUUUUGAUAUAUGGGAUGUAUGGGUUAUGGUCCCAGGGGCGGGCCUAGAAGAUGCGGUGUGACCUCUGGGGCCAGGGCAGGAAGUGGCAUAGCUUAUUCUUGAUCUCUGUACACAGCGUUCAUCCAGCAGGAAAUGGUUAAUGGGGAAAACAUCUGAAUGGGAAUAAAGGAUAAGCUGCUUCAGGGGCAUUCUGCAGCCCAUUUUCUCAUAUGCCAAUAAAAGUCCACCUACAGGCUGAUGAAGCCUUCUUUUGCUGUUUAAACAGCCUUCAAACUUACUAUUGUUUUCAGAGUUUUCGUUUUUUUUUACCUUUUCCCUCUGUAAUUUCCAAACAAGGACCAAUCUCAGUUUCAAUGUCAUUUUGGAUUCAGCACCACACAAUUUUGUAAAAUUACGUAAUUCUGUCUGAUACAAAAAGCUUCUUAAUUUUAGUACAACAGACUAUUCAAUAUUUUUUUUAAAAGGGAAUCUGUAAUUAGUUUUGAAAUUGCUAAACUGCUGACAGCACUAGGCUGGGGCUGGAGAGAGCAGUAAAAAUGUACCUUUUGCACAGCUUUUAAUCUUGGGGCUCAGGAGGAGGAGCUUCACAGUGUGGUCCUGUCAACAAUGAGCUGCUUUACAGCCCGUCUCUUGCUCUGAGUGCCAGAUGUAGUGAUCUUUAGGGUGGAUGCUACAGCUGACACUCAGAGUAGAGGGGAGGAGCUAUAAAGCGGCUCAAUGCAAAAGCUCUUGGCAGUGAAGCUCCGCCUAUAGUGCACUUAAAAGGUUUUUCCUGUAUUUUUAUUAUUGAUGGCCUAUCCUAAGCACAGGGCCUCAAUGUGAAAUUAGCAGUGCUUUACCGAACUGGUAACUGCAGCCUUCAAAAAAAUAAAAUAAAUUACUAGAGCAGAAUAUUCACACUGUUGAUGAGACGUUCCACAAAAGGUAUGUUUGCACUAUUGCCUCCAGCUUCUUCCUAGUGCUGUCAGUAGUUUUGCAUGGUUAAAACCGCUGACUGAUUCCAAGAUUGAGUUCAGAUGCAAAAUCUGCAUGUGUAGACUUUGCUAUGGAAUCUACUACAUGUGGAUAGGGUUUUAUAGCCCUAUGCAUGUGUUUUGUAUUUUAAAUUGGUAUGAAGUCCACACCACAAUUCUGCAGUGUCUUAACUCUGCCUAAUGUACGACAUUAUUCUGUAUAUUACAGUAAGACAUGACAAAUUACCUUGACUAUUGCACUUCGGUUGGGAGGGGCAUCUGUUUGAAACUUUUGCAAAAAUUUCUUCCAUAAAAGAAAUAGAACACUGAC